AUGCUUCGGUUCCAGGAACACGUGACCUUCAAGGAUGUGGCCGUGGUCUUCACCGAGGAGGAGCUGGCACUGUUGGACGAGGCCCAGAUCAAGCUGCACCGAGAGGUGAUGCUGGAGAGCAUCAGGAACCUCGUCUCAGCGGGAGACGGGAUUAAAAACAGCGUUUCGAAUCUUCAGGAAAAAGGGUUGAGUUACCUCUCGCGAGAAAUGCUCUACUGUUGGCAGAUUUGAAAACAAAAGAUGGGUGGAUUAAUUGUGAGUCAGGAUUAUGUCACGAACCUUCGGAGAUGUCCCCAAUGUUUAGAAGGAGAUGUCUCCCUCUGUGAAGAGUGGGCAAGAGCGUCUCUUCAGAUUUCUGAAAGUGAAAACGGUGUAAUAAAUGCCAUUAAUUUAGAAAACCAAGAUGGCGCGGCUUGGAAAGGCUUGACACAGACCCCAAAAUCUUGGAGGAAAGCCCCCGUAAUGACCAAGCCCCAGAGUUCUCAGGGAAGAUGGAAGAGAAUUCAUAUGGAAGAGAAAUCGUGUGGGUGUGCUUGGUGUGAAGACAGCUGCCAUGGGACCUCACGUGAUGGGGAUGAUUCCCAAGAAUGUAAAGGAGAGGGACCUUAUGCAUACACUGCCUGUGGGGAAAACUCGGUUAUGAAGUCAACCGUCCAACAGCAGAAUGUGGUCCACGCAGUCCCAGAGCCUUUGAGAUGUACUAACCAUGGAACAGGCUUCACAGAGGAUGCGAAUCCUUAUGGUCGUCACGGCGCUCAUAGAGGAGAAAAAUCUCAUAAAUGGGAUGCGUGUGGAGGGGACUUUAGUCUGAGCUCAGUUGUUAUUGCUCAUUAUCCAACACCCUCAGAUGCGAAAGCGUAUGAAUGUCAAGAGAGGGCUAAGGACCACAGACAGAGUUCAGACCUUCCCAGAUAUCAGAAGGGGCCCUCGGGAGACAAGCCCUAACCAUGCAUUAAGUGUGGCAAGGGCUUCAGGCGCAGCUCCUCUCUUCGCAACCAUCACCGCGUCCACACCGGGGAGACUCCCUACAGAUGUGAGGCGUGUGGGAAGGGGUUUGGGUUCAGGUCCCUUCUUUGUAUUCACCAAGGCGUGCACACAGGGAAGAAGCCCUAUAAAUGUGAGGAGUGUGGGAGGGGCUUCAAUCAGAGCUCCAAUCUGCUCGUCCAUCACCGGCUCCACACCGGGGAGAAGCCUUACAAAUGCGGCAAGUGUGGGAAAGGCUUCAGCUCGAGCCCCAUUCUUCACGUCCACCGGAGGUCGCACACAGGCGAGAAUCCUUACAGGUGUGGCAAGUGUGGCAAAGGCUUCAGCCAGAGCACCCACCUUCACAUUCACCAGAGGGUCCACACAGGGGAGAAGCCCUACAUGUGCGGCGUGUGUGGGAAGGCGUUUGCGUACAGUUCAGUCCUCCAAACUCAUCAGAGAGUUCACACAGGAGAAAAACCGUACACGUGUGAAGUGUGUGGGAAGGGCUUCAGUUAUAGCUCCUAUUUUCACUUACACCAAAGAGAUCACACCAGAGAGAAACUGUAUCGAUGUGACGAGUGUGGCAAAGGCUUCAGACAGAGCUCAGAUCUUCACGUCCACCUCUGAGUGCACAUGGGAGAGAGGCCCUAUAAGUGUGGAGACUGCGGGAGGGGCUUCAGCUGCAACUCGUAUCUUCUCGCUCAUCAGAGAGUGCACACGGGCGAGAUGGAAUAUCCGGGUCGUGAGCAUGGCGAGGGUUUUAGUGAUAGCGCAGACCUUCUUGCUCAUCAAAGACUGCUCCAAAGGACGGAAGCAUUAUGA